GGAUGCAUCAUGUGUUUGUUUAUUCUUGGAAUUCUGUGGAAUCUAGAUGAAGUGGUCGGCAUGUGUGAAGUUGGCGAACUCCGCUGUCCCAAUGGGACGUGUUUCCCGGCGUCCAGCGUGCAAGAUGGCGUCGACGACUGUUUGGACGGCACCUACGACGAAACUGGACCAUUCUGCAAUCUCACCGAUCAACUCCAGUGUGCGAACGGCAUCUGUGUGUCUGGAGACAAGUUCAAUAACUCCGUCAACGACUGCGGGGAUAACUCUGAUGAAGUUGACGCCCCGUGUAAGGUUGGGGCAUUCAGCUGUACAAACGGCAAGUGUGUGAGCAUCGCCUGGGUUCUGGAUGGACAGGACGACUGCGGGGACGGGUCAGACGAAGCCAAAACCCUUGGAUCUGCGUGCAGCAUAGAAGAUUUAUGCUGCUACUGUAACCAGUAUGUAGCAGAUUCUGAAUGCCGCCAGGGGUCAUGCCAGUGUGUAUCCGGAAGAGCCGGAAAUGACGUUGGGACACAAUGCUCUCGACGUAAGUUUGGCGACAACUGCACGACUGACGUCGACUGUUCCCACGCCUACGACAACGGCAUCUGCUCGACUGGUCGUUGUUCCUGUCGGGCGGGCUAUUAUAGAUUUGACAAUUUCACUGGAUGCCAGUUACGAAAGAUCGGCGACAACACCUGCCAGACUGACGGGGACUGCAGCAGCGCCGUGCCCUUCAGCAGAUGUGUGCAAGGUGUAUGUCUGUGCAACGUCGGCCACUACGUCAACCCCGACAAGACGCAGUGUCUCAAACGUAAAAUUGGUGAAUCCUGUCAGAACGACAGCGAUUGUGUCGCCGUCAUUACCAACAGCCACUGCCCCGCGAGAGUAUGCGCAUGUACAUCCGGGUACUACGCGACGACUGACAACACAGAAUGUAAACUACGUGUCCUAGGUGACGGCAUUCCAUGCUUGAUACAUUCCGACUGCAACAAUGCUAUUGCCAAUAGCAACUGCAAGGAUCACAUAUGUACAUGUAACUCUGGCUUCUACUCUAGCCGGAGAGAUAACUCUAAAUGUUUACUGAGAGAACUAUAUGAUACAUGCGUUUAUUCCAGAGACUGCAGUGACGCCAUUGCAAACAGUAUAUGCGCAGACAGUUACUGCGCAUGCGUAACUGGUUUCACACCCAGUGAUGACGGAGCGUCUUGUAUGUUAUUAAAAAUAGAUGAUUUCUGUUCGGAGCAUACAGAAUGCUCAACCGCUGUUCCAUUCAGUGAAUGCAAAAACAGCAGGUGCGCUUGCAAGACGGGAUACCAGUCGAAUAAUGGCGGCACUUCCUGUCGGAAACGGAAGCUUGGCGACGCGUGCGUCCGACACUCGCAGUGUUCUGCCGCUGUUAAGGGUUCCUACUGCCGGGGUCGAACCUGCAGCUGUAAGUCUGGCUCCGCGGAGACUGGUGACAAAAGUAGCUGCGUGAAGAGAGUCCUGGGAGACGCCUGCAAAGUCCACGCCGAUUGUUACGACGCCGUCGACUUCAGCAACUGCACGCGAGAGACGUGUCGCUGCAACUCCGGCUAUAUGGCCAGCGAAGACGAUCGCCAGUGCAUCGUCCGGUCCGUCGGCAGCGACUGUCGGAUACAUACAGACUGUAGCCACGCCGUCAUUGACAGCUACUGCGACAACACGACCUGCGCGUGUCCUCGAGGAUUUCGGUUCGACUCGGACAACCUUGCGUGUACGAUACGGAUUGUAGGUGAUGAGUGUCAGACAGAUUCUGACUGCUCCAGGGUUGUGAAUAACUCAAACUGUCUGAACUCAAAGUGUACGUGUAACACAGGAUACAGAGUAUCCGACAGUUCGUCCAAAUGCAUUCCUAGAAAGCUGUACGAUAGGUGCAGCUACGACGACGAUUGUUCUAGUGUCAUCAAUAGCAGUUUUUGUUUUGAGAACCGCUGUGAGUGUGUGAGUGGGUAUGCAAGCUCUGACGACUUGCAGACGUGUAGCCCAAGAAGGCUUCAGCAGAAUUGCAGUGUUCACGAGGACUGUUCUCAUUCAGUUAGACACAGCACUUGUGUGCAGAAACUGUGUGUCUGUCAAGUCGGUUACGUGCAAGAGAAUGCCACACUCUGCAGUCUGAGAACACUUGGUGAUGCUUGCCUCUCUGACAAAGACUGUAGUGCAGCUGUUGUCCACAGCGGGUGCACUAACAACAGAUGUUCUUGCUCGUCUGGAUUUACAGAUUCUGAUAACAGGACUAAGUGUAUCCCUGUUAAGAUCGCUUCACCUUGCACGUUAGAACCUCGACUGCAGCAAUGCAGUGGUGAACAGCAGUUGUGUUAACAAUGUGUGCACCUGUUUGACGGGAUUUCAGCAAUCUGAAGACCUAACAGAAUGCAACAUCAGAAAAAUCGGCGACUCCACAUGCAGCGUGGACACAGACUGUAGCGCCGCUGUGGCAAAU